CGGUCCCCUCUCGGCGCCUCUAUCGCACGCCAGCCGCCGGGAAGCGAGAGCGGGCGCCGGCCGGCGGCCGCUGCCUCUGACAGACCCACCGGUCGAGGCUCCGCGCCCAUCAGCAGCACGCGGCCGCCAUGGCGGCGCGGAGGAGCCCCCCGCGGGAGCGGGAGCGGCAACGACCUCGCGACCCCGCCGCAGGAAAUGACCAAGUUCACUCCUGGACGCUCGUCACCAGCCAAGCCUUAGAUGCCGCGUGGAGAGUAGCAAAGGGGUCAGUGACGUUGGCAGUUUCAUUUCUGGUGGGCACCCUCUGCUACUUCAGAAGGCUACAUUUAUAUUUAGGGCACUGGCUGAAAAGGUGGAUUGGAUAUCUGCAGAGGAGAUUCAAAAGGAACCUCAGCGUGGAGGCAGAAGUUGAUAUACUCAGUUAUUGUGCAAGAGAAUGGAAAGGAGAGACACCCCAUGCCAAGCUGAUGAGGAAGGCUUACAAGGAACUGUUUUGGCAGCGGCACAUUAAAUGUGUUCGACAAGUAAGGAGAGACAACUACGACGCACUAAGGUCGGUGCUCUUCCAAGUCUUCAGCCAGGGCCUCUCUUUCCCAUCCUGGAUGAAAGAGAAAGAUAUUGCGAAGCUUCCUGAAAAACUGCUCUUUUCACAAGGUUGUAAUUGGAUCCAGCAAUACAGUUUUGGUCCUGAGAAGUAUACAGGUUCGAAUGUGUUUGGAAAAUUACGUAAAUGUGUGGAAUUAUUGAAAACACAGUGGACUGAAUUUAGUGGAAUUAAAGAUUAUCACAAGCGAGGAAGCAUGUGCAACGCCCUUUUUUCUGAUGCUAUCCUGGAGUGUAAACUUUACGAAGCUCUGAAGUUCAUCAUGCUCUAUCAAGUCACUGAGGCUUAUGAACAAAUGAAGACCACAAAUGUCAUUCCCAGUCUUUUUCGACUCCUGUUUACCCGGGAAACCUCUUCCGACCCUUUGAGCUUCAUGAUGAAUCACCUGAACUCUGUAGGUGACACGUGUGGACUAGAGCAGAUUGAUAUGUUUGUACUUGGAUACUCCCUGGAAGUAAAGAUAAAAGUGUUCAGACUGUUCAGGUUUAACUCCAGAGACUUUGAAGUCUGCUACCCAGAGGAGUCGCUCAGGGAGUGGCCGGAGGUCUCCCUGCUGACUGAGAAUGACCGCCACUAUCACAUUCCUGUCUUUUAAGUCUGCCUGGGCCGGGCACCAGCUCUCGCCAGUGACAGUGGUCACACUUGCAAGUAAUGUUUCUAGAAAAGCAAAGCUAGUAUUGCUGCCAUUGGAGGAAUCGGGACCUCCCUUUCCAGGAUUACAGGUACACUGGACGGAGACCCACGUGCCUUCCCUUUGUUUCCAGUGAUUUCCUCCAGAGCCCCUGCACUAAUGUAUUUGUGGGUUGGUGGUUUGACCUUGUUUGUAAAGGCUCUGGUCAUUUCACCCACAACAGAGCACAAGGACAUUUAGUUUGGGAAGAACAACAACAGGAAGAAAGCGAGAAGAAAACAAGUAGGGGAAAAGGACUAAAGGGAAAGAAUUUCUUUGUCUAUAAUCUUUAUGUUCUUUGUUAAGAAUCUUAUCUUUGACUGAUUUUGGAUCUUCAUAAACAUGGCCUUAUUUUAUAAGCAUUACCUUCCCAGGAAUAUCUAUGGUAUAUUAAUUUUCCAGAACCAUUCGAUUAACUUUAAAAUUGUGUGUGUGUGUGUGUGUGUGUGUGUGUGUAUUUACACUCACACACACAUAAACAUGUAUAAUUUUAUAUAUAUAUAUCUAAACACAUACGUACACAUAGCCACUACUUUGUAAUGUUGUACAAUUUGUUUUACAUCAUCUCUUUACUUUUUUUUUUUCUUUACUAUCGCAUCUGGCUAGUUUAAUAUGUUUUAUAUAGAUCAGAGAUAAGUUCUGUAGAUUAAGGCAACUGAAUGACAAUUAUUGUACUGUCACAAAAAUAUUAAACGGUGUAUUUAAUGUGUAUUUACAUGUGUAUUUAAUGUGUGUAGGGAGAAUCCUGCAUCCUAAUCCCCAGAACCUGUAAAUAUGUUGGGUUAAAUGGCAAAGGAGAAUAAGGUUGCAGGUGGAAUUAAGGGACUAAUCCACUGACCUUGAAAUAGGGAGAGUAGUCUGGGUUCUGCAGGUGGGCCCAACAUAAUCACAAGGGUCCUUAAAGUGGAAGAGGGACUUGGGAGAGUGUCAGUCAGAGGGAAAUGUGAGGUAUGGAAGGACAGUCAGAGACAGAUGCAACACUGCUGGCGUUGGUUACUUACAGCAGAU